ACACUUUAACUAGUGUCACUGCACAGCCCAGCUCAGCCCCAGCCCCUGGACCUCCGGGUUCGGGCACAGUGUGAAGCAGACCCACAGAGACAGACUCGGAGUGCAGAGGCAUGGAAGGUGCAGCUGUUCGCAGGGCUUCCCUGGACCCAGCUAAAGCCCUGGGCCUGGGGCAGUGCUAGUGGCCUAUGGAAGCUGGAGCGGGGGAGCAGGCUGUUGCCAGGGGUUGCCAGGAAAUAAACAGGGACCUUGGAAGAGGGAACUGGGUAAUUCUGGUAUGGAUAAUGAGGUGCUACUAUGAAUAUGGCGGGGGGGACUGGAGUCAGAAGUCAGGUAUAGCGGGGUGACUGGAACUUGAGCCUAGGAUUGGUCAGAUCUAGAUUUGAAUCCCAUCUCGGUUACUUAGAAACCACAUGAUCUUGCGUGAUAUAUUUCACUGUUCUCUUUUUCCCAAUUGUAAAGUCAAGAUAUUACAGAGCGUUUUAAUACCUGCUCUGUAAGCCCCUUGGUUGUGUGUACAUGAUGCCCAUGGACAAGAUCAUGUGUACACGAUGCCUAGCGCAAAGGGCUGGCUCCGCACACAUGGAAGCGCCUGCAGAAGGCGUGCGGGAGCUGAAAUGCAGCCCCUCAGUCCCUUCCACCACAGGGCUGGCGGGGUACCUGCGGCGAGCCAGUGUGGCCCAGCUGACCCAGGAGCUGGGCAGCACCUUCUUCCAGCAGCAGCAGCUGCCAGCUGCCAUGGCCAACACCUUCCUGGAACACCUCUGCCUGCUGGACAUCGACUCAGAACCAGUGGCUGCUCGAAGCACCAGCAUCAUCGCGACCAUUGGGCCGGCAUCUCACUCCGUAGAGCGCCUCAAGGAGAUGAUCAAGGCCGGGAUGAACAUCGCGCGACUCAACUUCUCCCACGGCUCCCACGAGUACCACGCCGAGUCCAUCGCCAACAUCCGGGAGGCAGCAGAGAGCUUCGCGACCUCCCCGUUCAGCUACAGGCCAGUGGGCAUCGCUUUGGACACCAAGGGCCCUGAGAUCCGCACCGGGAUCCUGCUGGGGGGCCCCGAGUCCGAAGUGGAGAUUGUGAAGGGCACCCAGGUGCUGGUGACUGUGGACCCAGCCUUCCGGACUCGGGGGGACGCAAACACCGUGUGGGUGGACUACUGCAACAUCACCCGGGUCGUGCCGGUGGGGGGCCGCAUCUACAUUGACGACGGACUCAUCUCCCUUGUGGUCCAGAAAAUUGGCCCAGACGGGCUGCUGACUGAAGUGGAGAAUGGAGGCGUUCUGGGCAGCAGGAAGGGCGUGAACUUGCCAGGUGUCCAGGUGGACCUGCCCAGCCUGUCCGAGCAAGAUGUGAAGGACCUGCGCUUCGGGGUGGAGCAUGGAGUGGACAUCAUCUUUGCCUCCUUUGUGCGGAAAGCCAGCGAUGUGGUUGCUGUACGGGAUGCCCUGGGGUCAGAAGGACAGGGCAUUAAAAUCAUCAGCAAAAUUGAGAAUCACGAAGGCGUGAAGAAGUUUGAUGAAAUCCUGGAAGUGAGCGAUGGCAUCAUGGUGGCACGAGGGGAUCUGGGCAUCGAGAUCCCAGCUGAGAAGGUUUUCCUGGCUCAGAAGAUGAUGAUUGGGCGCUGCAACUUGGCGGGCAAGCCCGUGGUCUGUGCCACACAGAUGCUGGAAAGCAUGAUCACCAAGCCCCGGCCGACGCGGGCAGAGACAAGUGAUGUGGCCAACGCUGUGCUGGAUGGGGCGGACUGCAUCAUGCUGUCAGGGGAGACCGCCAAGGGCAAAUUCCCUGUGGAGGCCGUGAAGAUGCAGCACGCGAUCGCUCGGGAGGCAGAGGCCGCAGUGUACCACCGGCAGCUGUUUGAGGAGCUACGCCGGGCAGCGCCCCUGAGCCGUGACCCCACGGAGGUCACUGCCAUUGGUGCUGUGGAGGCUGCCUUCAAGUGCUGCGCUGCUGCCAUCAUCGUGCUGACCAAAACUGGCCGCUCAGCCCAGCUUCUGUCUCGGUACCGACCUCGGGCGGCAGUCGUUGCUGUCACCCGCUCUGCCCAGGCUGCGCGCCAGAUCCAUCUAUGCAGAGGAGUCUUCCCUGUGCUCUACAGUGAACCUCCAGAGGCCAUCUGGGCGGAUGAUGUGGAUCGCCGGGUCCAAUUUGGCAUUGAAAGUGGAAAGCUUCGUGGCUUCCUCCAUGUUGGGGAUCUGGUGAUUGUGGUGACAGGCUGGCGACCUGGCUCUGGCUAUACCAACAUCAUGCGAGUCCUGAGCAUCUCCUGA